UCUUUUUUUAAAAUAGAAUAGAUAAAACAAAUAAAAAUUGGAUAUAUUUAAAAAGUAUAAAUUCUUUCUUUUUUAUGUGACAUAACUAAAAGGUAUUGAAACUUUUUAGAUAUGGCUAAUUAGUAGGAGCUUUGAUUCCUGCUUUCAUGAUGUGUAUUUUGCGUGUGAACAAGACAACAUAUGUUAGGGCCAAUAUGUAUAUAUCUUUAUGUAUAAAAGUGUAUGUUCUGAUAUGUCCUGAAUAUGAACAGGCUGUGAUUGCAACAUUUUUUGUGAACAUCUACCUCAGACGAAAAAAACAAAAGAUUAUUAUUAAUGUUUAUAAUAGUUGUUGUAAGAUUAAGUACUGGCAACACUGAUUGGUAUUUAAAAAAAGUUUCUUGUGUUAUAGACUCGGAGGUGGAUUAACUAUCACACUAAACAUUGGUUACUGAGACUGAAAUCUGUUUAUAAAACAUGUCCUCAUUCCGUGUCAGUAUCUUUGACAGAUUAGAGAUAAGAAUAUGUUUGAAAUGUGGAUUUUGGUCUCGGAAACAAUGUUUAAGAAAUUAUUUGGCUUGAUAAUAAAUGCCGUAUUAAAAAUUAUAUGGUCAUGUGAUUUUUGUUAUCUCUUUUUACUACUUUGCCAUAGAUAAUCCGCCUCUAGACUCUAUGGUUAUAGAGAAGAAACUAGGCAGAGACGUGUGCUGUAUUUACAUGAUAUAAUAACAUAUUUACCAGUUGUUUUGAUCAAUUCUCUAUUUGCACUAUACUCUGGGCCUAGUCUUAUUUUCAUGCAGAUAUAUAGAUAUCAAUGAGUGGAACAAGCUAUCUAGAACAAUUUGCAGUUUGUUAGACAAAUUUGUCAUUCCCACUUACUAUAAUAAUAAGCAAUAUUUUUUUUUAUUACGAAUUAGGAUUUUGAAAUUUAAUUUCAACAUCAAGGAACUUAAGUUAGCAUUUUUCACACCUAAUUCGAUUUGUAAAAAUUUGACUACAUCAAUUUUUAUAAUGUGACUCAAAAGACAAUGUAUCAUUUAUAUAAUGCAAUUGAAAAUACAAUCUUUUGUCUAUGGCGUUCUUUUUUUAAAAUUUUAUAAAGCCAGUACUGUCUCGUGAUAUCUUGUUCCAUGUAGUUAGUGAUUUUUUUUUAUCUGUAUAUCUGUAACCGUGCACAAUAUACUCAAUGCUGAAUAAAUAAUUGUGAUGUCAGUGAUAUUAUUGUGUGGCUGUUGGAAAUAUAUUUACUAUGGGUUUCUGACACCAAAAUCUGUAUAAAUCAUAGCGUCAUCUCUGUCUUUCAUCUUUGACAAAACAGAGACAACAAUGUAUUUUAAACGAGGAUUUUGCUCUCAGAAACCCAGGGUUAGUCAGUGUCUGAUAUGUUUUUAGUCUAGAAAAUAGCCAAUCUUGUGUGUGACCUCAAAUUAGCAUACAUUUUAGAUUUUAAGAUAAUGUGCUCAUUUUGUUUGGUAAUUUUUUUUUCAAUUAGUCCUAAGUUGUAUAUAAUUUAGCUUUUAAUAUAACCAAUCAUGAACCACCUCAGCACAGACAGAUAUAAAUCAGAUGGGCGUUAAUUUUUGCAGUUUUAGUACAUGUUGGCAUUUUAUUAGAUUUAAUGUAAUGAGCGAAAAGCCGAGAUGUAUACGAUAAAACUACGAAUACGCUAGAAAAAAAAUGUUGUCUAUGGUAGAUAAGUAUCAGUGUAAUAUCGCCAAUUUAGCGCGAUUUUUACUAUAAUAUAAAUAAAAAUAAUAAUUCGGUCCAACUGCCGCGUAUACUAAACUCGAUUAAAUUAAUUAUAAGACAAAAUAAUGGUAUAUAGAUUAAAAAUAAGUUACCAUUAAUAACUAGAGUACUUACAUAAAUGUUAUUGUGAAGUCCAUUUCAAUGAAUAUUUUUUAUUCGUAUACACCUACAUUAUUUACACACUGAUAAAUAGAAAAUAGAAUUUUCAAAUUAUAGCCCCUUUACUAAAUUUUAAUUUACUUUCAAAAUAUGUAAUGCGUUUUAAAUCAUGUGCAGGAAACGACGCCAUAUUGGAACGUCAUCAGAUAUCUAAUCGAAAAAAUAGGCGGGGUCAAUAACAUAGAAAUGUCAAAAAUAUUUAUUUCAAUUAGACCUGUGUUCAAGCCUACAGUUUUUCGUAUUAAAGCACACUUUGUUUUUAAACGUGUUACUUUAUUGUAUUUUCCAGAAUUAAAUUAUGUUUUUUUUAGGUUAAAACUGUUACCAUUUUAUGUAUUUUGAUAGAUUUAUUAUGCAAUUUGGAUCUUAAUGUUACCACAAGGGGCGUUUAAUUUCUAACAAACUCUUUAGAAAAUGUAAUUUUUAAUAAUGUCUGUGUGGAGGACUCUGUUGCGAUGGGAGACUGGAUACAGCGCGGACUCUGUGGAGUGGUGUCCGGUGCUACCGUACAACAACGUACUCGUCUGCGGCACAUAUCAAUUGGAUAAAAUGGAUGAAGGUCAGCAAAAUAAAAAGCAAACACGUCUCGGUAGGAUAUAUUUAUUUAUCAUCAAUGAUGACACGAAAGAGCUAAUUCCCGCGCAAUCGAUUGACACGGCGGGAAUAUUGGAUCAGAAAUGGUGUCACCACACUAUUGGAGGUUACCCUGUUUUGGGCGUUGUUACAUCUGAAGGCAAAAUACAAUUAUACAAACUACAUGAUUCUGAUGGUUUACAAUUAAAGUUAUGGAUAGAAAUAUCCAUAGGCCAAGAUGUCUUAGCUCUAUCAUUGGAUUGGUCAAAUAAUAAGACUAGCGUAGAAGCGCCGUUAAUUGUCGUCAGUGACUCUGCGGGUCAUGUUAAAGUAUUUAAACUGGAAGGAGAUAGUUUGAACGAAUUGUGUGAUCAAAAAUCUCACGGAUUUGAAGCCUGGGUGGCCGCUUUCGAUUAUUGGGACACAAACGUCUUUUAUAGUGGAGGCGAUGAUUGUAUAUUCAAAGCUUACGAUUUGCGCGUGCCGGACGCCAUCGUUAGCAAUCGUCGACACGAUGCAGGAGUGACUGCCGUCAGGAGCGACACGGAAACUGAACAUAGAUUGCUGACUGGAAGUUACGACGAAAAGGUGCGUUUAUGGGACGCGAGGAAUUUAAAAUGUUGCAUUACUGAUGAGAAUGUCAACGGCGGAGUUUGGCGAUUGAAAUGGCAUCCAUACAACAGCGUAGUGUUAGCUGCCUGUAUGUAUGGAGGUUUCCGUUUGUUACGUGUUGAUGAAGAAAUAUCAUUAAUUGGUGAAUAUUUGGAACACGAAAGCAUAGCUUAUGGCGCGGAUUGGAAGUUCGAGAGGGAAUCUUCGAUUGUUGCAACUUGUUCGUUUUACGAUUGUAAAUUACAUGUCAGUGAAAUUGUUUUGCAAUAAAAUAAUGCUUGUAAUUUGUUUUUUAUUGUA